CUUUCAAUUUCUUUUGGUUUCAUUUUCUUCUUCUUAAGCAUGAAAACGAAGUCGUUUUAAAAAUGGGGAGAGAGAAUAAGAAAAAGCAGGACUGAAGAGAAACAGAGCAAAGCAGAGAAGUCAAAAGAGUGAAGCUCAGAGAGAGAGGCGUGGACAUGGGAGUAAUAAUAGAGGAAUGGAAUGGGUCAUCUUCAACUAGAUUCUCUAAGACUGCUACUAUUACAUUUUCAUCUUCAUCUUCUCUUUCUCUCUCUAUCCAAAGAUCUGGUGGCCGUUUUGAUCAUGUUUGGAGACGCGUCCUUCAAGCAUUUGUACCUGAGGGAUUUCCAAGCAGUGUAACUCCAGAUUAUGUACCUUUUCAAGUAUGGGAUUUGCUGCAGGGACUUUCUACUUACAUUAGGACCAUGCUUUCUACACAAGCUCUCUUAAGUGCAAUUGGGGUUGGAGAGAAAUCAGCAACUGUCAUUGGCGCCACCUUUCAGUGGUUUUUGAGAGAUUUAACUGGAAUGCUUGGAGGCAUACUGUUCACGUUUUACCAGGGCUCAGAUCUCGAUAGCAAUGCCAAAAUGUGGCGUUUGGUUGCCGAUCUUAUGAAUGAUCUUGGAAUGUUGAUGGACCUUGUUUCUCCUUUGUUUCCUUCUGCAUUUGUGGUUGUAGUUUGCUUAGGGAGCUUAUCAAGAUCAUUCACUGGUGUUGCCAGUGGUGCAACUAGAGCUGCUUUGACACAGCAUUUUGCCCUCCAGAGUAAUGCAGCAGAUAUAUCUGCUAAGGAAGGAAGUCAAGAAACAGUGGCAACAAUGACUGGCAUGGCAUUGGGGAUGCUCCUUGCUCGCAUAACAAUUGGACACCCCUUGGCUAUCUGGUUUUCAUUCCUUUCUCUCACUAUGUUCCAUAUGUAUGCGAAUUACAGGGCUGUUAGGUGCCUUGUGCUUACAUCCUUAAAUAUGCAAAGGAGCUCCAUUCUUUUGCAGCAUUUCAUGGAGACAGGCCAAGUUCUCUCCCCUGAACAGGUCUCUGGGAUGGAACAUAUUUUACCCAGAUGGACCAAUUUUUGGAGGACCAAGCAUGUAAAGUUACUGCAUUCGCGCAUGUGCUUAGGUGUUAGAGUCUCUUCACUUGAUCACCAGGAAUUGAUGGAGCUGUUGCAUUCUGCUGGAUCUCACAAGAAAGCAAAAUACUUGCUCAUGGAGAGGAAGGGAACCAUCAAUAUUCUAAUCCACAAAAAUUCGACAACUUCAGAUGUCUUGCAAUCAUUUAUACAUGCUCUGGUUAUGGCAAAACUUAUGGAAGAAAAUAAUUCUACGUAUUUGGAGAGCCAAUCAUGGAUGGAUAAACAUUACGAACUUUUCCUUGGAAAGUUAAGUUCAUCAGGUUGGAAAACGGAGCGCCUUCUUUCCCAAUCAAUCAUUUGGAGGGCAAACUGGAUAUAUGGGCCUUCAGAUGAUAAGGUUGACUAGGUAAUCUUAUGUAUCCUUAUUGUCAUUUUUAUCAUUGGAUCAUGUUGAAAAGGAUUCACAGUAAGUUAUUCAUGGAAAGCCUGAUUAUACUUUUAGCAAUUGGAAUUUGUAUGUGAUCUCUAGCAGUUCACAGAUUUAUAUAAAUUUCUUUUUGUCAUAUUAUUGAUAUCUAAGCUACAAAGGGGAAAAGGAAAAGGAGAAAAACUUACAUUCUACGAGCUGAAAGUUGACGACUUCUUUUAAGUUUGUUCUUGUAUUUAGGAGACUUCGAUUCAAUGCCUAAACACUGAAUCAUUACAUUUGUAUUUGAUCUUGAUUUUUGAAAGUUAUUGCAGUAUAAAGAUUUCCAUUGAGAUGUCCA